AUCUUUUAAUCCGGUUUAACCGAACCGGUGUACGGAGCCGUGAGACCUAAGGCGUCUGUCCCUCUCCCCCUCCAUUCUUCAAUAGCGUAUUACCUUUGAUUCUGAUCGCAUCUGCCCACCUCUUACUCUCUUUCUCUCUCUCGAUCCAAUUUUAGUUAACUCACUCCUAUAACUAAAUCCUCACGUAUUUCUUUUCUGAAACAAAAAUCUUUAAAAUAUUUACCCCCAAAAAAUAAAAUAAAAUAAAAAUAAAUUUCCACCAGUGGGCUCCAAUGGAAUCCGUAUCGACCGCUGGUCCCGUCGCCGCAGACGAUCAUCUCUCAUCAUCAUCUCCAAUGGCAGUUAUAUCUAGAUGGAGAUUCAAUGUAUCGCAGCGGUACCAACACUUACUGGACAAGGCGGUACCACACAUCCUCUACCGUUGGUUGGCCUGCUUAGCUGUGGUCUUCAUCUACGCCUUACGCGUCUACCUUGUUCAAGGCUUCUACAUCAUCACCUACGGUCUUGGAAUCUACAUGCUCAAUCUAUUAAUGGGCUUUCUCUCGCCGCAGAUCGACCCCGAGAUUAGCGACGGACACGGACCCACUCUCCCCACCCGUGAAUCGGACGAGUUCAGGCCCUUCGUUCGCCGCUUGCCUGAGUUCAAAUUCUGGUACUGUAUCACGAAGUCCUUCUGCAUUGGUUUUUUGAUGACAUUCUUUAGUGUGUUCGAUGUACCUGUCUUUUGGCCUAUACUCCUUUUCUACUGGGUGAUGCUAUUCACUCUCACUAUGCGGAGACAAAUCAUGCACAUGAUCAAGUACAGAUAUGUUCCGUUCUCUUUUGGAAAACAGCGAUAUGGAAAGAGGGCAUCCUCAAGUGACACCAUUAGCCUUCCCAAGGACUAAGGUCAACAGUUGACAGCAGAAGCAGUUAAAGGAUGUGGUGGUCAUAAUCAAGGACCAGUUUUGGCACACUGGAUGAUAGUUCUCUUCCUAGAUUUUUACUUGGCAAGCUUUCAAAUGCCCUGGUAGAAAAUUUAGAUUAGGGAAUUAAAGCCGUUGCCAAUUUCUUUCUUUUUAUUUUGUAUUUUCUUUCCAUAAACAAUCCUUUUGUAUAGAAGGUACAUGCUAUAUCUGUAGUUGCUUUGACAUUGAUCCAGUAACUUGUGCUUUAGAGAGGGGAAUGACAUCUUUUAAGUUAAGUUCAAACUGC